AAAUGGCGUGACUUGCUUGACCGGGAUAAUACUGGCGUUGUCACAUUGAAUGAGUUCUGCCAAACACUUGGACUGAGGCCAGCCUCCAUCCAUCCUCAGCGUCAAAUGCUGGUCAGACAAGUACCCCUAAACCGUUCCCAAAUUCGUGUAGUUAUGGCCACUAUGUCGAGAGCCAUGCAAGAGCAGAUUGGUGAAGAUGUCUGCUGGAUGACAAGGGAUUGCAAAACUAGUAAUGAACAACUUGCGGAUCGAAUAAAGAAGCAUUUGGACAAGCGAUUUGGGCGCACCUGGCAAGUUGUUAUCUGUCAAGGUUCAAGCUGGGCCAGUUUUACACACCUUCCUGAGACAGCUUUUUUCUUCCAGUUGGAUAAGAAUGUCUAUCUGAUAUGGAAGACGCCCGACUAG